UGGAUGAUGGAUCGUCUUUCUCUACGCUACUUUUUUAGGGAAAUUGUUCCUAAUAGUGUCCAAAAUGUCAGAAGUGAGGAUCCAGAGGCUAACCUUGCAGAGAGUCAGGAGUUCCUGUCUAGCAUGGAGGACAAGAAGACCACAGGCUUCACAGACUUUGAGGGGAAGACCUCUUUCGGAAUGUCAGUAUUCAACUUGGGCAACGCCAUCAUGGGAAGUGGAAUUCUGGGAUUGUCGUACGCCAUGGCCAACACAGGGGUCGUCCUAUUCCUGGUGCUCCUGACGGUAGUGGCUGUCCUCUCAUCUUACUCCAUCCACUUGCUACUCAAGUCCUCUGGCAUUGUGGGUAUCCGGGCGUAUGAGCAGCUGGGCCAAAGGGCGUUUGGAACGCCAGGCAAGAUGGCCGCCGGCAUCGCCAUCACACUGCAAAACAUCGGAGCCAUGUCCAGUUACCUGUACAUCGUGAAGUAUGAGUUCCCUCUGGUCAUCCAGGCCUUCCUGGGGGUUGACAAUCCAUCAGGUGAGUGGUACCUGAAUGGGAACUACCUGGUCAUUAUGGUGUCCAUCAGUGUCAUCCUGCCUCUGGCUUUGAUGAAGCAGCUAGGGUACUUGGGCUACACCAGUGGCUUCUCCCUCACCUGCAUGGUCUUCUUCCUCAUCUCGGUCAUCUAUAAGAAGUUCCAUACCCCCUGUCCCUUUAUGGACUUUGCCUUUAACAGCACAGCCAGUGUGACUGCUGUUACCAACGACACAGUUUACAACCAAGCCUGUGUUCCCAAAAUGGUCAACCUCAACUCACAGACUGCCUACACCAUCCCCAUCCUGGCGUUUGCCUUUGUCUGCCACCCUGAGGUCCUGCCCAUCUACACCGAGCUCAAAAACCCCACCAAGCAAAGGAUGCAGCAUGUGUCCAACAUCUCCAUUGUAGUCAUGUACACCAUGUACUUCCUGGCUGCUCUGUUUGGAUACCUGACCUUCUAUGGUGAGGUGGAGUCAGAGCUGCUGCACACCUACAGCCGUUUGGACCCGUACGACACCCUGAUCCUCUGUGUCCGUCUGGCCGUGCUCACCGCUGUCACACUCACCGUCCCCAUAGUGCUCUUCCCUGUAAGGAGAGCCAUCCAGCAGUUGUUUUUCCCCAACAAGACAUUCUACUGGCCCCGCCACAUUGCCAUUGCUGUCACCCUGCUCACCCUCAUCAACAUGCUGGUCAUCUUUGCCCCUAACAUCCUGGGCAUCUUCGGCAUCAUUGGUGCCACAUCUGCCCCCUGCCUCAUCUUCAUCUUCCCUGCUGUCUUCUACAUCCGCAUUGUCCCCGAAGAGGAGGAGCCCAUGCGCUCUACCCCCAAAAUCCUGGCUGCCUGCUUCGCUGGAAUAGGCUUCCUGUUUAUGGUAAUGAGCCUCAGCUUUAUCCUCAUUGAUUGGACGUCGGGGAGUAGCAAAGCCAGCAGCGGUCAUUAG